AUGCCUUCACCAGGCCUCCUCCGUGCAGUGCGGAGGGUGUGGGACCCAGAGCUGCUUCCCUCCCUCACCCUACCGGCAGCCCACUCCGAGGUCACAAGUGUGGAACACGCAGCCUACCGUGGCAAAGGCUGGUCUCGCCUGCUAAGUGCAGAGCCAGCAGGGAUUAAUGAAGACGACCGAGAGGGUGCCGCCUUGUCAGAGAUGAGUGGGACCUUGUGGAAGGGCGUCCAUGGGUGCUGGCUGUUGUGUGUGCAAAGUGCUGCCUACGAGGAGCCAGUGAAAUUUCCCACCAAGGCCGGAUCAUGGCAGACCGUACGGAACAGUGGCGUCCGGUUCCUGUCUGCCCUGCAUGCAAGUGCUCAGACCACAGGAGGGGGCGGGGAAGUGGAUGGGGUGCACACACGGGGGGAAGUGGCCCGGGGUACGAUGGAGAAACCUCACCGCACACACCUGACCUCGUACACCGUGCACCGUACUCUGGCCUAA